UUUAAAAAACGCGCGGUUUCCACUCGAAUUUUCAUCACAAAAUGGAGGAUGCACCGUUGAGAUCCAAAAAAGUACUUUCAAGAUAGAAGCCAGAUAAUGAUGGCUUUUUAAAGAAUCUGUUUCCCAUGUUUUCUUGACAUUAGCUGAAAUGGCAUUUUUGCAAGCGGGGUCUAGACUCAGGUCCUCCGAGGUGCAUUCAAAUGAUUUCAACAAGUAUCGUUCUUCAGCCGUCACUGAGGCUGGCAAGAUAUUUGAAUUGCGUAAAAGGUCUAAGAGAUGCUGGAAAUGGAUAUUAAUAAACCUAUUUUUUGCUUUGACUUUUUACUUUGGAAUAAUACACAAGAGUCUGGAGAAAUAUGACUUUGUCAUGAAAGAAUACAGCAACAAAAUUGACCUGUUUUUAUGUCUCUUUUUCCUGUGGAAUUCUUUGGCCAAUUUGUACCUCUAUCUGUCGCCAAGUUUUCAAAAUGAGGUGGUUGUGCUGAGUCCUGAGCAGCAGCGAUUGCUGAAAAUAGAUCCAAAAGACAAAUCUUUUGUUGUGAAGAAGCAACUCAUUGAGCAGCCACAGACACCAACUUCCAGAGGACCUCCAUCUUGGCCUAAAAGAAGACAGCCUUCUCGAACAACUUCCAGUGGAACAUUGGUUCAAGAUACUACACCAGAGAGAUGUUCUUCGUCUUACUCACCAGGAUUAGUGGCUGAUGGAAGAGGCCUGGGCAGCCAUAUGAGCCAAUCACCUACAACUAAGGUCUUAAACAGGUCAUUCGAGACGACUCCAACACGAGGCACUGUCAAGAAAGCAAGUUCGUCGUCGAGUAGCAUACUGGGGCUGCAUCAUUCCCCUGGACGCUCGCCAGGACGAUCACCAGUCAACCCAGAAGACCAGAUUACGGACGCAGACUCUCUCAGUCGAUACCUGAAAACACAAGAAGAGAAAGAUGCAAUCACAAGACGAGCCCAGUUUGAGGGAAGUUGGAGUACUUCCUUUUGGAAUUAUGGCCGAGGUGCGCUAGACUUUCUGCCGAGUUUUGGCAUUUACCAGUUGGCAACAAGGUCUCCGCAAUCAUCUGGCCAAAACAGUGAUGAUGUCAAUCAGGUUUUCGAAUAUGAAACGAUGCGGAGGCAAUUGAACAUUGGAAAAGCAGAGCUCGACUUUUGGACUGAAAAUCUUCGCAAAUGGAUAGCAGAGACAAUCCUGGAGAAGCUGAUCGCAGAAAUCAAAACUAUCAACGAUUCUCUGGCGCAAAAUGGAAUUACAGAGCUCAAAAUUGGAUCUGUGAGUGUCAACUCGCUGAGAAACGUAGCCUUAACCAAGUCGCAUCUUGUGCCAUCUCUUAAGUCCGUCAUUCCUUAUUUGGACAUCACUGCCAAUCAAGAAUACCUGAUAAAGAGACUCGAUGAUUUAUCAACCGGAGGAUGUUUACGACUGUACAAAUGGGACUCUGGUGGACUUCAUAAAGGAAAGAAUUGGGACCAAGAACUGCCUACAGAUGCACAGAUCAUAGCCCAUUUGUUCUGCACGUAUAUGGACACACAUUUGCCUUCAAAUCCAAGAUACCAGGACGGUAAUAGUUUCAGUGGACUGCACUUCCUUAAGCCGCCAAGCAAACCAAGCGAUCGUAGAAGUGACCUUUGUAUUCUACAUACGAGAACGCACCCACCGCAUUUUAAAGUAGUCGAGGCUGAGGAAACACAUGACAUUCCACGGGGCCGCCAUAAUCUAUUCAUGGCUAUUAGCGUAUUUUUGUACCUGGUCAAAACAAAAAACCACGGAAUGUUAGAGCGUGUAAAUCUUGGUCCGUCUGGCCUCAACAUUUUAUGGAUCCUGAACAAACGAUGAAGGUGCAUGUGACAGAGCAGGAGUGGUUUGGUUGAACCAUGUUGCCAGACUAAUUGUUCAGUUCAUUCUGUUUCAGUUGGGUUAUGGCUGAAGUUUAGUACUGCAAUAGAGUGGCCAUGUAAAAAUGCCUUAAAAAUCUACCUUUGUUUAAUUUUGAUAGGAUAGUAGUCAUAUGAUGUUGAAAUAUAAAUUGUCCUGACUUUAACAAAUCAGCUUGGUCUAACUGUCUGAGAUCUGGCCAUAUACGCACAGGCUACUUUCUAUUAAAUUAUUUUUUGAUUCUUUCGUUUAUGAUCCGAGCCAAAACGGCGAUUA